AUGAUGGUUGGAUAUACGAAGGAAAAUAGCAGCCUUGUGGUGAUUGGGCUGAGUGUGCAUACUACACCAGUGGAGUUGCGUGAGAAACUUGCUAUACCAGAAGCUGAAUGGCCAAGAGCCAUUGGUGAGCUUUGUGGUUUGAAUCAUAUUGAAGAAGCAGUUGUUCUUAGUACGUGUAACAGAAUGACAAGUGGCAUACCUGCAUCAGAGCUUUCACAGUAUCUAUUUCUGCUAUACAACAAAGAUGCAACCCAACACCUUUUUGAAGUAUCAGCAGGACUUGAUUCUCUUGUAAUGGGAGAAGGUCAGAUCCUUGCACAAGUCAAGCAAGUUGUGAAAGCAGGACAAGGAGUUAAUGGAUUUGGAAGAAACAUCAGUGGAUUAUUCAAGCACGCAAUCACCGUCGGCAAAAGAGUCCGAACCGAAACCAACAUUUUGGCCGGAGCAGUUUCUGUGAGCUCGGCUGCGGUCGAGUUGGCAGUGAUGAAGUUACAUGAUCAAGCCUCACAUGGAAAUGCAAGAAUGCUAGUUAUUGGAGCUGGCAAAAUGGGGAAGCUUGUGAUCAAGCAUUUGGUUGCAAAAGGGUGUAAAAAGAUGCUAGUAGUUAAUCGAACCGAAGAGAGAGUAUUUGCGAUCCGCGAUGAAAUAAACGAUGUCGAGAUAAUCUACAAACCACUUUCUGAUAUGCUCGAAUGCGUAGGCGAAGCGGAUGUAGUUUUCACAAGUACGGCAUCAGAGAAUCCUUUGAUUUUAAAACAACAUGUUAAGGAACUUCCUUUCGCAAGCGAAGAAAUGGGACGAAAGCGCCUCUUCGUCGAUAUUUCUGUUCCGAGGAACGUAGGUUCGUGCGUCGAUGACCUCGAAUCAGUCAAAGUUUACAAUGUCAACAACCUUAAAGAGGUAGUGGCUGCUAACAAAGAGGACAGACUAAGAAAAGCAAUGGAAGCACAAGUGAUCAUCGGCGAAGAAUCGGGCCAAUUCGAAGCAUGGAGAGACUCGUUAGAAACUGUUCCUACUAUCAAGAAACUGAGAGCUUAUGCUGAAAGGUUAAGGAUUGCUGAGGUUGAGAAAUGUUUAGGUAAAAUGAGUGAUGAGGAUAUAAAUAAGAAGACACAAAAAGCAGUGGAUGAUCUUGGUAGAGGUAUAGUGAAUAAAAUGCUUCAUGGUCCAAUGCAACAUUUGAGAUGUGAUGGGAGUGAUAGUAGGACUUUGAGUGAAACACUUGAGAAUAUGCAUGCUUUGAAUAGAAUGUUUGGUCUUGAAACUGAGGUUUCUGUUUUGGAGCAGAAGAUUAGAGCUAAAGUGGAGCAAAAACCAUAG